AUGGCGUCUAGCCUGGGGUUGGCCUUGGUCAGCUUUGGGGCGCUGUGCCUCAUGGGCGCUGCACAGCCCUCGUAUGGGCCAAUGGAGCCCCCGCCGUCGUAUGAGCCACCCCCGCCAUCCUAUGGGCCGUCGACGGGUACUCCGUACCUGGCCUGCGCUCACGGCGAUGUGCCCAAGGGAAACGACUACUACACAGCCCCGGAGUUGCUGGAUCAAUUCAGGGAUUCCGAGUGUCUUGCUUAUCCGCGGGGGUACAUGAACUACGGCGGGGCUUUCGGCUCACCCAGCGGGCCGCUGGCGACGGAGACGAGGUUCUUGGCGCGCUUCGACAGCGUGUGUCGCUACGCCCCAAGGGGCAAGGGACAAGAUUUGGCGUCCUUCUAUUCCCAGCAGUACCCCAUGGCCACCUAUAAGCGGGGGCAGAGAAUCUGUCUGGUGAGGGCCGCACGCGGCGCUGCACGGUAG